GCCGCCCGCCCUUCCUCAUUGCCAAGCAACAGCUGCCGGCCCUUCCUUCCUCCGGUCCCAGCAGCCGGCUCCGCCGCUUCCCUCUCACUUGAGCGCCUGCAGCUGCGGCCGGAGCGGUCCCGGAGGGGGUUGAAGCCGUCAGAGCUAAUAAGAUGGAAAUAAUGGCAGAUGAAGAUGCAAGUGAAACGUUGAAGCCUUUGGUGUUCCGUCUCCAUGAAAAUGCCCCUGCAAUAAUCCGUGAGGUUUUACUGGAACGUGGUUGGACUGAAUUUGACCGUAAGGAGCAAGAUGACACAGAUUGGAACUUGUACUGGCGGAACUCACCUUUUCCUAUGACAGACCACCACAGUAUUAAACCAUGGCAGAGACUCAACCACUACCCAGAAGCUGUCAGGAUCACCAGAAAAGACUAUUUGGCAAGGCAUCUGAAACGCAUGAAAGGAGCAUAUGGAUCAACGCUGUAUGAAUUUAGUCCAGUGGCAUUCAUCAUGCCCAAUGAUUAUGUCAAAUUUAUAGCAGAAUACAGCAAAGAGAGACAGUCAGUAGGCAGACCUAGUUACUGGAUUUCCAAACCUGUGCAUCUGUCCCGUGGAAGGGGCAUAUUCAUUUUUGAAGACAUUAAGGACUUGGCAUAUCACUGUAGAGUCAUUGUGCAGAAGUACAUCAGCAAUCCCUUGCUCAUUUCGGGAUAUAAAUUGGAUCUUCGCCUCUACGUGUGUGUCACCAGUUUUUGCCCGCUCACCAUUUACACUUACGAAGAGGGACUGGUGAGGUUUGCCACUGAAAAGUUUGACCUCAGUUCUCUAGAUAAUGUCUAUGCCCACCUAACGAACACCAGCAUAAACAAAUACGGAGCUUCAUACAAAACAUACAAAGAAGGUGUUGGCCGUGGUUGCAAGUGGACAUUCAGCAAAUUCCGUUCUUACCUUCGAAUUUUUGGGGUCGAUGACAUGCUACUGUGGCAAAAGAUGAAUAACAUUGUGAUUCUCACCCUGCUUGCUGUCACUCCCUUACCAGAGGCUUCCAAUUGCUUUGAGCUCUUUGGCUUUGACAUCCUGAUUGAUGACAAGUUCAAGCCAUGGCUUUUAGAAGUUAACUACAAUCCAGCUAUGAGUUUAGACUGCUCCAUUGAUGACACUGUGAAAAGAAAACUUCUAAAUGAUAUUGUUGAACUGCUUAACUACAAGCAGGUUGACACUCACAGGCAGAAUGAAAUGCCUGGCUCAAAAACUGUUAGAAGGCAGGUACCCUGGAGAAGAACAGGUCAAAGCACCCCAGAAGAGGCUCCUGGCUUACUUCCUGGUCGAGAAGUAUCUACUCGUACUUCUGCUUCUCAAACACAACCUGCCCUGAAGUCUGCAAGAGGAUCAAUUCGUAAGGUGUCUGCCCCGAUCAGAAAGACUGCCAAAGCACAACCAAGGAAAACACUGACUUCCCAGCUGCGGGAAAAGAUGAACAUGCCAAAAGCAUCCUCCCAAGUAAAAACUGAAGCUAAAAACAAACAAGUCCCAGCUGUGCAAUCUCCAUUCAUUUCUGCCCAACUCAGCCGGUGGUCACCUUCACCUGAAUUCUGCAACUACAAGUUAAGCACACGCCCCUAUUUUCUCACCGAUAAAGACCAGAUGCCUACUCGCCAGGUAGGAGGUUUUGUGCUUAUUUUUCCUUUCAAUGAAGCCGCACUUCAAGCUUCCAGGAAUGGCACAGAUGUAAAGAGCAUCUUAAAGGAAAUAAACAAAUUAGUGAGCAAACAAAAUAGCACAAGACAAAAAAAGGCAUAGACUGUUUAACUUCACGAUACAUAUAACUUAGUGAUGUUAAGUCAUACGGACAUAAUGAAUGACGCUUUCAGCUUGAAGGAUGUAGGCAUGUGCUGAAGUUGUAUUAGAAAGAAAUACUUCAAAGCAUAUACAAUAUAAAAAUUGUAAUUUAGCAAUAACCAAGUGAGAUUAUUUUUGAAAAUGAAAGUGCUGAAUAACUCUUAAUCUCAAAAUAAAAAUGGAGAAUUGUAUUUCUCAAAACAUC